AUGAAGCAGGCCUAUUCUGUUGUCAUCGCCGACGAUCAUGAGAUCGUGCGCGAUGGCCUGCGUGUCACUCUGGUGCGUCAGUCUGCUUUAAAGUUCGACAUUGUAGGCGAGGCCAGCAAUGGGAUCGAGACUGUCUCACUCAUCAAACGGUAUAAACCGGAUCUUCUUCUGCUUGAUGUCACGAUGCCUCUUGCCAGCGGCGAAGAGAUCCUGCUGGAUGUGAGGCGCUGGUCUCCAGAAACCAAGGUGGUUAUUUUCACUGCGGUAACCACGCCGCGAGUUCUCGCGGCGCUUGUGGCUGCGAAUGUCGACGGCGCAUUUGCCAAAGGUAGUGCGAUGGACGAGUUCGAACGUACGCUGCCGAUUAUCCUCAACGGUGGUCGGCAUAUUGCUCAUGCGAUCAUUGAACGCAUGGAUACUGGUCCUGAUCCUCUGCAUGAACUGACCCCACGAGAACGGCAGGUGCUGGUGAUUGUCCUCAGUGGUAAAACGAACCCAGAGAUAGCGGAACAGCUCAGCAUCUCACCAAAAACGGUAGACAAGCACCGUACAAGCAUCAUGGCAAAACUGGAUCUGCAUUCGGUGUCGGAGCUGAUGGGUUGGGCGGCCCGGGAAGGUCUGCUAGCCAGACAGGAAACAGAUCUAUAG